AGAUGAGUGAGCGGUUUGGGUCACUGGCAGAAUAGAGAUUUAGCUUUAAGACUUUGUUGCGUGGACAAAUAUACACACGGCAAUCCAGGAGGAAUUAGUGACUAAUGUGGCUUUCGUGGUGGUUUUAUGAGGGAGAUAUAUUGAAGACAGCUCAUGGGAAGACCACACAGAGAUUGAACAGAGCAGAAUGAGUUGUUUUGCUUUAGAUAGUGGAAUCGGUAGACUGAAGAGCAGGUAGCUAGGCAAAACCAAGCAGUCAGUGCCCUCUCCACCCAUCUCCGCUAGAAGAAGCCUCAUCACAUGCAGACAGACAUGAAAUUCAACCAGUGUGUGCAACAGCAAGCUCUGGAGAACAGUUACAACAAAGUGUGGAAAUGGUAAGAAUAUUCUCGUUCCUCUCUCUCUGCUGACAGGGUUUCUCAAUAGGAACAUGGUGGUGCCAGUAAUGUUUGAUAAGUGAAGUAUUAACCUGCAUUGUCCUCUAUUGUAAGCAGUAAGUUUAAAAGAUUGUGGCAGUCACAAAGACGGUGUGAUUUUUGUUUUUUUUAAAUCUCCUUUUGCGUAUGGUGUAAUUAGGUGACAGUAAGGACCUGAGAGACUGGUAUACCUGUGUAUUAGUAUCUAUGGUAUCUACAGAUAGUAUCCACUUUAGAGUAUCUAUUGUCCUAUGGGAAUGGGUUAACUCUCAUUUGUAAACAUUGGCAUUCAAAAUGAGAAGUACUAUUCAUUUAUGACUGGAUGUAGGUUGAGGUUAUGAGUGACUAUGCCAUUUACUAAACUAAAUGAACCAUAGCACUGACAAACACAGGCACAGGGUGUGGGUGAGGGCUUGGCUGCUUCGAUAUUGGGUUAUAUCCCCAAGAGCAAUAAUGACUGCGGUGCACUGCACACAACCUCUAUGGCUAACAUAGAGGACUCGGUCGUUGACAAUCAUCGGACACACAUUGAGGGAGGCAGAAAUUGCAUAUUGAAACAUUGAUUACAAUUAAAAAUGAUGCUCCACGCACACAUACUGUAGAGUACCACUAACAGAAAUCAAUAAUGACUAAUCUCCGCAACCAAGAACCGUAAAUAUCACGUACACUACUCAGUUCCAUUUUAGUCUUUGCAGUCUGUCCAUGAGAGAUUAAUAAUGACUAACAUCCUCAAGAUAUUGAUGGUUAUGCUGCCAGACGGUACAUUUGCGUACGACCCUACCGCAGAAGAGAUGAUGGGGAAUAUGAAGGCUGUUUCUCUCUGUACAAUAUGUUGGAGUUCAUGGCUCUGGCAACCCAAGUUGAUGUUAUGUCAGUGUUUUACAUGCAGUAGACCCAUUUCAAGGAUAUGGCAACCCAAGUUGAUGUUAUGUCUGUCUUUUACUGUGGCAGUCUUAUGGUACCGGAAGCUAAACAACAAUUGAUGAAGCAUUGUAGUGUAAUGUAGUAAGCUGGUGUCAUCAUGUGUGGUCCUGUCCCUCUCUUGGAUUUGUACUGUUGUCACUGUUUUAACACAUUUUCUAUGUGAAACAAAUCUCUGUUUCAACAGCAGAGUAUCUCAUCCAAACAGUAUCUCAAAAUAACACUUUGAUCUUGCACAAGGUCUACAGACCACAGAGAGAAUAAUGAGACAGAAAUUUCACCGGAUGUAUAAUUGUGAAGUAUCCGCUUGGCGUUUCCACUCACUACCAAAUAUGGUAGUGAGAGGAAGCCCAGUGGCCGGCAGUGGUAGAAACUGGAAGGAGAUGGAUUUUGGCCGACAUUCUGCAAAUUUUCUCAUAGAUGAAACAUUUUAUCUUAAUACAGUUUUCUGUUCCCAAAACUAUAAUCUGAUAUGAAAAGAGUGGACUAAUUUUUGUAGACUUUACCCUUUGCCAAAGUUUUUAAAAAUUGCGUUGUUUAAAAGGAGUGCAAAGGCGAAUUGAGUUAUUGCAGACGCGCACAUCAGAGUAGGCGUUCCCUAACGGAAAUAUGCAGAUGCAUGCUAGAACAGGCCAAUAGGAUCUCGCUAGCUCAUCCACCUCCUUGCUUGUUCUGCCCACUAUGACUAAUUUGUUUUCAUUGGAAACCACAGGCUGUGGUCUAUCUUGGUUUAGUUAUAAAAAUAUUUGUCUUCACUCUGGUUAUGACUAAAUUAGGCUACUUUGUAUAGCCUAUAGAUUAGUUAGGGUUUUUGUUUGAAUCGGCCAUUUGAAUUUCCAGUUAAGGUACUGUCUAACCAGCUCACAAAGUCAACAUCGACUGAUAAAGCCAAGUGUAAUGAUAAAUUACAAGUCCUUUGAAUGAAUGAUGGCAAGUGCAAGUUGUACCGCUUAACAAUUGAUAUAGAAGUAUUUGAGUGUAUCUGUAGGCUGUGUCAACAAAUGCAUUUCCCCAAACUCUUAAAAUGUAAAACAAAUACAACAGUGGAAGUUGACAAGAAAAAUACUUCCUUAUUAUGUAGUGAUGGGGGGGGGGAAAUCAAUACAGUUACAUAUCGGGAUAUUAUUUUUGACAAUAUAACAAUAUUAUUUUUGUGCUUUUUGGCUGUACCUGCACCAAAACUACAGUAUUUUUCCUUCAUAGCUUGUUCUUCCUCUUAUUUUUAAAUAAGGAACCAAUUUGUUUUCUGUCUUGACCCUGUUGAACUCUGAUGCUGCCGAUGUUACUAGACUAAGUCCCGGCCAAUAAUAGGAUAGGGGUUAAGCAGCCCUGCCUCUUAUCCAACUGGGCAAAAACAAACCGUAUGAAGUAACACUGAGCCAACAACAAGAGCUCAAAACAUGGCUACUGAGAGCUCACCGUGCCCAAACCAGAAAUGUUCCACAGCCGCAAAGCUUACAGGCUACAGUAGUGAGCAACCAUGCGAUAAUUACAAACGUGUUAACUAUGUUUAUAUACUGUACCUCAAGAUGUCAAGGUGAACAAUGUCUCAUGUCAAACUACUGCUCUUAGCUGUAGGUUUACAAAUGGUGCUCCACCAAAAUUGAAUAACUUUGGAAAGCCCCAUUUGGUCAAGGAGUCAUACAUGUCUCUAUAUUAAGGAACAACAUUUCAAUGUUGCUCUUUAUUGCUGCAAUCCCUUUGAUCAAAUUGUGCAGUCAAUUAUUAGCAUUAGAAAAGGGAUUGAUUACCCGUGGUCUUUCUUUCUCACCAUCCAGGCACAUUCAGGACCCAGCCAGUCAGAGACUGACGUGGAACAAGCCUCCCAAAAGUGUCCUUGUCAUCAAGAAGAUCCAGGAUGCCAGUCUACUGCAGCCUUUCAAAGAGCUAUGUGUGUUCCUCACAGAGGUAGGACAUUUGCACCUUUUUGCAGAGGCUCUCUAGUCUCAUAUUAUAGCUUCCUGCACCUUAGUGGCCUUAACGGGGUGUGUGGUAUAUUACUUCAGUUUCAUUAGAAAUUCUGCCAUUAAGUCCCUAAACAGAAAUAUUAAUGACUGAGAAUUUGUACACUUUUAUACCCCACUAGAAAGUAAAGCUGCUUGUAAACUGUAGAGACGGAAUAGCCUUUCGACCCAAAAGGGUGAUUACAUGUGCAUGUUGCUAAUGCAUAUGUUUCUACUUGUGCGUUGUUCUAGCAGAAAAACAUGAUUGUUUACGUGGAGAGGAAGGUUCUGGCGGACCCAGCCAUCGCGGGCGAUGAGAGCUUUGGGGCCGUCAUCCAGAAGUUCUGUACCUUCAGAGAAGGUGAGGAGACCACCAGCCAUUAUCAGAGGACUGGGUCGUAUUGAUUAGUGCACACCAUAGCACUUUUUUUUUACAACAGAAAACGAAUACGCGUUAUCUUAUGGGAGAAGUUUAGGGGCGGCAGGUAGCCUAGCGGUUAAGAGCUUUGGGCCAGUAACCAAAAGGUCGCUGGUUCAAAUCCCCGAGCCGGCAAGGUGGAAAAAUCUGCCGUUCUGCCCUUGAGCAAGGCUGUUAACCCCCAACAACAACUGCUUCCUGGUUGCCGGUGACGUGGAUGUAAGGCAGGCCCCCCACCUCUCUGAUUCAGAGGGGUUGGGUUAAACGCGGAAGACACAUUUCGGUUGAAUGCAUUCAGUUGUGCAACUGACUAGGUAUCCCCUUUACCUAGUUCCUCCCUAUUUUAGUCAGUUUUCUUCCAUUUGGUGCCUAGUGAAUACGAUCCUGAUUGAUGAUAGAUUGGUCUGUAUGAUUCUAGCUAGUGAUGUAGUGUCAAUGUCAGGAUUGUCUAUGAAACUCUCACUUUAAGUAGUAUAGCUUUCUCUUACAGACAUGAUCCUAAUGUGUUUGUAUGCACCGUGCAGAUCUCGAUGACAUUUCCAAUCGAGUGGAUUUCAUCAUCUGUCUUGGUGGAGAUGGGACCUUACUUUACGCAUCGUCACUCUUCCAGGUAUACAUUUACUAUAUAAUUAACAUCUUGUGGUAUAGUAAACACACUAAUUUGUCAAUUUUUGAAUAUACUGUAUGUGAAUUGUAGUAAAAUAAUUCAGCAACUUGGUUGUGUAUUGAUUUGUAUCAAUUUAGCUUAUUCCAUAGCAUGCGCAUGUGUUUUCAGGAGAGCGUUCCACCUGUUAUGGCCUUCCACCUGGGUUCUCUGGGCUUCCUCACACCUUUCAACUUUGACACCUACCAGUCUCAGGUCACCCAAAUCAUUGAGGGUACGUUCAGUGUUACUUUCUUUAGCCUCUGCCUUAUCCAAUUUCAACACCAGGAGCCGUACUCUCUUAGCAUUUCUAGCAGCUAGGUUAACCUCUUUGUGCUACUCUAGGUUUAACAAAAGUGUGUGUUUCUCUUUCGGUGUGUCUGCUGAGCAGGUAACACCGCCAUCAUCCUGCGCAGUCGCCUGCGGGUGAGAGUGUUGAAGGAGAGCCAAGAGAAGAAGGGCAUCAUCAUGACCAACGGUGACAGUGAGGGCAGCCGCAAAGCCAUGCAGUACCAGGUGAGCUCUACACAAUACACCUGGCUGGUAUGAUGUCACCCCAGUAUUAUGGUUCGUACCACAAUAGGUUCCAAGCAUCAUGAUGACUUGGCACAUCUCAUGCUUAUUGUCUUUACUCUGUGGUCACUGGGUGUUCACCUAUUGUUGCAACGUGUUGAACAAACAUGCAGUCAUUGGGUACAUAGAAAGGAGGCUACAUGUAGUGGACAUGAGGCGUUUUCGCUGGUAAUGUUCCCACUGCCACAGGCCUGACCACAGAUCCCAGUGCAUGAUAAAACACCAGGAAGGUUGAAAUGUACCACCUGUUCUGGGUCAUGUUUCACUUCCUCCUUAUUUGUUUGAGGUAGUCUGUCACAAGGAUUUGUUUCCCCUAUGUGCUUCCAUUUUGGCCAAUGGUGCUAUCACACAUCAUGGGGUUAAUGUACGUGGGCUACGUGGGAUGUUUUGAGUCGUGCCAUUGUAUACAUAGUCCCUACUUCCUACUGAGUUGGAUUUGACAAGUCAUAACAUAGGGCUGGGUUCAAAAAGGGUUCCCAAAGUGACUAACAACUUGGUUAGUGCAGUAUCUCUGGUUAACAUGGCUCUGGGUUUCCUGGUCCAACAGGUGCUGAAUGAGGUGGUGGUGGACCGAGGCCCGUCCUCCUACCUUUCCAACGUGGACCUCUUCCUAGACGGACACCUCAUCACCACGGUACAGGGAGACGGUGAGCAACCUGCUGCUACUGGGUUAAAGGACAUGUUUUACCCCAUCUGUUUUAGCUGCCUCACUUUUAUUCCCCACUUUACUUAGAUGUUUCACUAAUAUAAUACACUGUUUCGUUGUUAAUGCAGCUCUGAUUUAAAGUUGUACCAGAGUUUAGAUGCUGUAACUGGUCGUCAUACUGUGAUGUUCGUGCUACUGCUUACCGCCUGUGUACAAGCCCAGAGUGCAAACAAGCAGCAAUGCUACUGAUGGUCUAUUAGUGAUGCAGACUGUUGCAGCUCGCCUUGUUGGUAGAUUUGGUUGGUAGAGUUUAGUCUUUGCUCUAUCUGUCCUUCACUACUGCCUAUUAACUCCCUUUCUGGAAGCCUCUCAGGGUCUGACGUCAGAACUAUUUUCCUUGUCUUCGGGACGGUUUACGGAGUUUUGGAACUGCUUUCACCUCGUUGGUGUUUUUAGGCUUGUGUCUCUUGAGUGUUUUUGGUGGUAUGCUCAAAGUAGUGUCUGUGUGUGUGUUGUCUCAGGUGUGAUAGUGUCCACUCCCACGGGCAGCACGGCGUACGCGGUGGCGGCCGGAGCCUCCAUGAUCCACCCCAACGUGCCAGCCAUCAUGAUCACCCCCAUCUGCCCACACUCACUGUCCUUCAGACCCAUCGUGGUGCCUGCUGGGGUGGAACUCAAGGUAUACACACACACAUACAUACACACAAAUGCACAUACAUACAUACAAAUGCACAUUCAUACACACACAUGCAUUCACCAUACAGACAUUAUCUAUUUACCGCUCCUUUCCACAAGCCAUUAGCAUUUACUGCGCCUCCCCAGAACACAUUUGCGUCAGACAGCACAGGCAAUAACGACCAGUCUGACACACAGCUAGCACAAUGCGUACCCUUCAGUUGUCACAGGUUAUGCAUGGGAAUGAGGGAAUUGCUUGUAAUACACACACUUUCACAGAGCAUUUUCUGUUGAAUACUUUUUGUUGUCUUUGACUGGUCAUUCACCUGGAUUCCUUUCUUCUGCUCCGUCUGUCACACUCAGAUCAUGCUGUCACGUGACGCCAGGAAUACGGCCUGGGUGUCGUUUGACGGGAGGAAGAGACAAGAGAUCUGCCAUGGAGACAGGUGGGCGACCUUUUGACCCCUCAGUCACUGCAACCUCCCACUAAACAAAGCACCACCGAACAUCAAACAAAAGCUGAUAAACAUGGGAGAUAGCCUGACAAACUCUAUCCAAAGUGUAUCCAACUCCUGCAAGUCGCCUGAAUACACAGACAGUUAUAUAAUUGUUGACCCGUUUCAUGGACUCGAGCAAAGAAUGCAUGUCACAUGAUGUUCAGUACAGGUUUACCAUUAUGCAAGCAGAGAUAAUUCUUCCUUUUUGCUGAAAUGCAUUGAUAUACCAGUAACGGUGUCAGUCCGCAAUUUUCAAGUGACUCUCGUAAUUAUGUAGGUGUUUGUGAAUACCUGGCAUGCCUCCCACUCAUACUUGACUGACUGUGUUUGCUCUUUAUCUCCCUAUUGUUUUUUUAUCUCCAGCAUUACCAUCACUACUUCCUGCUUCCCUGUUCCCUCCAUUUGUUUCCGGGACCCCGUGAACGACUGGUUUGAGAGCCUGAGCCAAUGUUUACACUGGAACGUGAGGAAGAAGCAGAACUACCUCAGCUCAGAGGAGGAAGAGUUCUGAGGCCAACAAACUCGCUUCCCGGUGACGCCAUGUUGACGUUUUGGGUGCGUUCCAGAUGCACAGAUUCUGCACAAUUCUUCACGGAUGAAAUCCGAUCUUUACAAUACCUGGACAAGUGUUUAACAUACUAGGAUACCACAUCAACAUGAUAUAGAUAUCCUAUGUCUGGAAUGCACCCAUUGACUUCAGUUGGAUUCCAUCAGGUAAAUUUGCAACUAACAUCCUCCGGUGAUGAUUUGCAUUAUUUUGUUUUGGUUCUAGAAUGGAUCAUCCCUUACUGUUAAGAAUUUCAUGCCCUUUGAAAAAGAUUGUCGAAUUGGCCAUUUUUAUGGCAACAACCAGAUAGUCUCACAGGUUAACUUAAA